AUGUUGACCACCCGAAGCCUCGCACGGCUCUCUGAGAACACAAGGUGGCCUCUGAAAAAUGUAUCGAGAUUCCGCUUCCCCCAAUGCCAGCUACGUACAAAGGCCACAGUACCAUUCCGGCUACCUCAUGCACGCAACGAGCCAAAUCCGACUUACGAGAGGGGCUCUCCGGAGCGCACCCAGCUGGAGGUGACCUUAAAGCGUAUGAAGUCGCAGAUUCCCCUUCAAAGCGAGAUCCACUUCAAUGGCAAAUCGCAACAAGUUUCUAGAUCUUGGGAUCAGCCAUUACCUGCGGAGCACCAGACUACCUUCACCAAUUACCCACUCGCAACCAAAGAGCAGGUCUCAAUAGCCAUCGAGUCGGCCCUCAAAGCCAAGAAGUCAUGGGAGAAUACGGCUUUUGUUGAUCGAGCAGCGAUUUUUCUCAAAGCCGCGGAGCUAGUAGCGACCAAGUACCGCUAUGAGCUCAUUGCGGCAACCAUGCUUGGGCAAGGGAAGAACAUUUGGCAAGGCGAAGUAGAUGCCGCUGCUGAGCUGGCGGACUUCUUCCGGUUGAACUGUAACUACGCAGCGGAGAUCCUGGGAAAACAACCCGAGCGAGGUACAGAUGGCAUGUGGUCCCGCAUGGACUACCGCCCGGUGGAAGGGUUUGUCUACGCUGUUUCGCCGUUCAACUUUACUGCUAUCGGUGGCAACUUGGUCUCUGGUCCCGCCAUAAUGGGCAACGUGGUACUGUGGAAGCCGUCUCCUUCAAACAUCUACGCGAGCACCCUCGUGUACAAGAUUUUGCUUGAAGCUGGUCUGCCACCUGAUGUCAUUCAGUUCGUGCCCGGCGAGCCUGAAGACAUCAACGACGUCGUGCUGAAUCACCGGGACUUCGCUGGGCUCAACUUCGUAGGUUCCUCAGACGUCUUCAGAUCUCUCUGUGCUCGUAUUGGUCAGGGUAUCGGAAACAACACAUAUCGCGAAUUUCCACGAAUGGUAGGAGAGACUAGCGGCAAGAAUUUCACUCUACUACAUCCAACGGCGGAUGUCCAAUCUGCAGUGAAGCACGUCGUUCGCGCUUCAUUUGAGUACCAAGGCCAAAAGUGUUCGGCAACGUCUCGCCUCUAUCUCCCAGCGUCUCGAUCCAAGGAGUUCAUUGACACAUUGGUCGAGGAUGUGAAGGGUAUUACUCAGGGUAAUCCACACGAAGAUCUCGCCGCCUUCAUGGGCCCAGUCAUUCACCGUCGUUCAUUCGAAAAGAUCAAGACUGUCAUCGACGAAAGCAAUCAGGAUUCUUCGCUCAAACUCCUGGUUGGCGGUACCUAUGAUGACUCUGAAGGCUUUUACAUCAAGCCAACCGUCUACCUCGCAGACUCGCCAGACCACAAGCUCUUCAACUAUGAGAUCUUCGGUCCUGUACUCGCAAUAUACGUCUACCCUGAUGCGGAGUGGAACCACAUUUUAGAGAAGGUUGAUCAAGCUGGUGGUAAUUUCGCGCUCACAGGUGCUGUUUUCGCCAACUCCCGUACCGCUAUACGUGAGGCAGAAGACGCGCUCCGCUAUUCUGCGGGCAACUUCUACAUCAACUGCAAGACCACCGCCGCGCUCAUCGGCCAGCAGAGCUUCGGCGGAAGUCGCGCAAGUGGAACCAACGAUAAGGCAGGCUCUUCGAACCCAAUGUUUCGCUUUGUUUCUCCACGGCAGAUCAAGGAGGAGUUUUUCCCGGUCGUUGACUACCGUUAUCCUUCAAACAACUGA